AUAUAUUUUUCUUUUGGUGUCUAUGAGUAGUUUCUACUCAAUUUUUAUAGUGGCAUAUUUUAAUGUUGAAAUAAUUUAUUACAUUCUUAAAAGAAGAUUGCAAUUCGAUGUGUUCGGUUUUGGGUUUUAUUUAGUUGAUAACUUGGGAUUUAUUUGGUGGGUUUUGUGCAUUUUUAUUGGAUUGGAACUAUGUGACAUUUCGUGCUUGCUCUUUUGGACUAAGAUUAAAUUGUUUCAUUCUGAAUGUCAUAUGAUAGAUUAUGGAAACACUUGGUGUCAGUUUUGAAAUUUUUUGAAAAUCUUGUUCGCCACUAAGCUUCAUGUCCUAAAUCCAUUCUUCUCCUUUGACAGGUGUAUUCCAUUUAGGUAUAAAUGUUUAGAUGAGGCAGAUCAUGAAAAUUCUGAAAAGAUUGUUGAGGUAUUGAUGAUUAACUCAACUAGCGGACCGGGUCUUUUGUUUCCAAAGGGAGGUUGGGAGAAUGAUGAAACUGUCGAGGAGGCUGCAGUGAGGGAAGCGAUUGAAGAAGCUGGAGUCCGAGGGGAGUUAAUGGACUGCAUAGGAUAUUAUAAUUUUAAGAGCAAAACACAUCAAGAUGAAUUCAGCCCGGAAGGUUUAUGUAAAGCUGCAACGUUUGCUUUGUUGGUAAAGGAGGAAUUAGAUUCGUGGCCAGAGCAAAGCACCCGUACAAGAAGUUGGCUAACCAUACCAGAAGCAGUUCAAAGUUGUAGGCAUGCAUGGAUGAAAGAAGCCUUAGAGGAUGGCUUUUGCAAGUGGCUUGAACAAGAGUGAGCCCAGGGGAGGACUUCCCCAAUCAAAAUUAACUUGAUGAGUGUGUAUAAAACAAAUGUUGGCAAUCACACUCACUAGCAAAUCAUGCGUCAUGGGGUUUUUUUAUUUUUUUUUUAAAGUAGAAGACAUUGGUGUUUGUGUUACAUAGUGUUGCUAUUUCUUAAUUAAUCGAGUUUGUUUACGGGUCUUAUGUUGCUGGCCUCUAUUGUUUAACU